GAAGUUUGGGGAAUUUGCUGAUGGGGGAAUUAGUGGGACUGGAGGGGGGGAGCCGGGCAUUUACCGAUUCUGUAUAAAAUGGGCAAAAGGUUGACGUGUCCCAGUCACGUGAGCGCAUAAUUCAAGCUAUUAUUUUGGCAUUUGGAGGCUGGGGGGGGUGUGGGAAGAGAGAGAGAAGAAAAGUGGGGACGGUGAUUCCCAGCCCGCCUCCGGUGAGCUGCUCCCAAAAUAACUGUUUGUAGCACGCCGGUAUCGCAAACUGCCGCCUCCUCUCACCCCCCAACUCCUCUCACCCCCCCACCCCCCCCCGCACCCUCCAUGCUGCCCCCCCCCGCACCUCACCCCCCCCGCUGAGGGUUUUGGCGGUGGGGGGACCCACGGAGAGGGGUGCUGCGGGGGUCGGGAGGAGCCGGCGGCGGCCGGGAGUUGUGUGUCCGUCCGGGUGUUGUUUCUGUUUUGUUUUUUUGGAGACAAUUCCAAAGCACUUCCGCUGAUUGAUCAUUAACCUGGUGAGUUAUUGCUCUUCUAAGCAAAGGUCAGGGGGAGAAAAAGGUCUAAUCUGUCAAGACGAACCCACUGCUUACUCAGUUUCAUUUUGAUUUCUUAUCCGGGCUGGCUUCUGUUUGGGGUUUCAGGAGGUCCUGGACCCUCCAUAACUCUCCCUUCCCCCUCGAAGCCCUCCCCGCGCUCUGUUUGUGGGGUGGGAAACCCCAAACUCCUUCCAUUUAGAGAGGAAAAAGGGCCAAGGGAGAGGUGGGGGGUGAGCAGCCCCCCCUGGGAGGAGGCAGUGGGUGCUGCGCGGCUCCCCGCCCUGCCCGGGGGUCCGGAGCCCCUCGGCGGUGCGGGACGAGGGGGGCCGGGCCGGAGCUGCACCGCCUCUGAGGGGAAAACGAAUGCAAACCAAAUAGAGAAAAAAUCAAAACAAAGAACACCGGGUGGGGGGGAGGAAAGGGGGGACGCGCUCCGUCCCUCUUCUGCCUGUACCGCGAGGGGAUAAAUUAAAAACAAAGAAAAACACACCCCCGCCCUCCUUGCUGGAGCCGUUAUUUGUACCGGCUUCUUCGGGGUUGUUUGUUUGUUUCUCUUUUCCCCUCCUCCCUCCCGCAUCCACUCCAAAUAAACGCGAUUUUCCCCCCCUCUUUCCCCCCCCCCCGCCCUCGGCUGCCCCCUUCUCCCCGGGCCCGGCGUGGGAGGAACUUGCCGAGGCUCAGCCUGCGGUUGCUCAGCUCGCAGCCCAGAAAGGGUGGAUUUGCUUGUCUUUUCUUCUUUUCUCCCCCCACCCCCCUCUUACAAAUCUCUGUGUGCUCUACAGAGGGAACUGAAAAGCCCCAGUUAACCGGGGAAGGCUGUGAUGGUUGACCACCAGCCGUGGCCAAGCCGCCCACGGUCCACACCAAACCGUUGCCAUCCCUAAGGCGAACCCGCGUUUCCCUCGCCGGUUCUUCUCCUUUCUCAAAGUCCACCGCUGCCUCGUAUUUGCUGGACCAGACAUCCGAGAAUUGGUCAGCUUCCAAUAGACAGCUGGAAACGGCCUGUCACGUGGCCUUGGGGUGCCAAUGUUCUGCCAUAGGGGUGUCAAGACCCUGGUAGCCGGAAAAAUCAUUUUGGGGAGUCCCAGAGAUGCAGAAGACAACGUACUACGACAGCUCCACGCUCUUUGGGGGUUACUCCUACGGGAGUGCCAAUGGGUUCGGCUACGAGGGUCCCCAGCAGCCCUUCCAGCCGGCCUCUCAUGUGGAGAACGACUACCAGAGGUCCGCCUGCUCCCUCCAGUCUCUUGGCAACACAACCCCGCACGCAAAAAGUAAAGACCUGAACGGGAGCUGCAUGCGUCCAAGUUUGCCCCAGGAGCACCAUCCGCCUCCCCCCGUCUCGCCACCCCCAAACCCUGCCACCAACAGCACCAGUAGCAACAGCAAUAACCAGUCCGGGAGCGGUAAAACUGCCCCCAGCAAAGCCAACCUCAGUGCAAACGCCAGUCUCACCAAGCAGAUUUUCCCCUGGAUGAAAGAGUCGAGGCAAAACUCCAAGCAGAAAAACAGCUCCCCUAGCACAGCAGAAACCUGCAGCGGCGAGAAAAGCCCUCCAGGCUCCUCGGCCUCCAAGAGAGCCCGCACAGCCUACACCAGCGCUCAGCUGGUGGAGCUGGAGAAGGAAUUCCACUUCAACCGCUACCUGUGCAGGCCCCGGCGCGUGGAGAUGGCCAACCUGCUGAACCUCAGCGAGAGGCAGAUCAAGAUCUGGUUCCAGAACAGGAGGAUGAAGUAUAAGAAAGAUCAGAAGUCAAAAGGCAUGGGGUCUUCCUCCGGAGGGCCUUCCCCCACCGGCAGCCCACCCCAGCCCAUGCAAUCCUCCGCUGGAUUUAUGAACGCCUUGCACACCAUGAGCAGUAACUAUGACGCCCCCUCGCCGCCUUCCUUCAAUAAACCCCACCAAAAUGCCUAUGCCAUGUCAACUAACUACCAAAACCCCAUCAAAGGCUGCCCCUCCCAACAGAAAUACGCCAACACGGCCCCCGAGUACGACCCCCACGUCUUACAAGGGAACGGGGUGGCCUACGGGACUCCCAGUAUGCAGGGAAGCCCCGUCUAUGUUGGAGGUAACUAUGUGGAUUCUAUGCCCACCUCUGGCCCAUCCCUUUACGGCCUCAAUCACCUGCCACAUCACCAGGCUGCCAACAUGGACUACAACGGGCCUCCGCAGAUGCCCCCGAGCCAGCACCACGGACCGUGCGAGUCCCACCCCACCUACACAGACCUUUCCACGCACCACGCUUCUUCUCAGGGCAGAAUCCAAGAGGCGCCCAAGCUGACCCACCUGUGAUAGGGAGCGGGGACAGGCUCAGGCGAAGCGGACGGGACCUCGCCGCGGGGCAUGGGAGAUGGGGAACAGGGCAGGAUCUGCUUCAGGAACAUUUGUGUUGAGCUGUUUUCUUUCUUUCUUUGACAGGGCAAUUUCUACCAGGUCGCUGUGUUUGCUGUUCUGAUUUCUGGGGUUUACUAGGCACAAUUUCCAACCAUUUCAGUGUUUGCUGCCAAGAGCAGCUCUCUCUCUGAAGAGAUAUACCUCCUGUGUUUCAACACAAAUGCUUCUGAAAUGGGUUUGGGGUAGUUUUGUGGGAAUCUAGCAGAUUUUUAGCAGCAGCAGCCAUCAUUUCCAAACCAAGUACAGAUCGUCACUGAUAAUUCUCGGACACUGGAAAGGGAGAAGAGUCAGCCAGCCGAGCCUUUACAGUUGGCGUCUCUGCAUCUACGUACACAUGCACACAUGUGUACAUAUGCAAUCAGAAGAGAUUCACAAGAAAACUACCCUCCUCUCCAGUUGCUUCUCAAGAGGAACCUCGCGCUUUCCCUUCCGGGCUUCAGAGGAAGGGCAUCCUUUUUCGCUGAGCAACUGCCCACCAGCCCCCACACGAACUGCAAAUAUACAUACCUGCCAACGCGUGGGAUUCACGCUCUUCCCCUCGGGCCCCUGCCUCCCCUCUCAAAAAUAAUAAUAAUGAUAAUAAAAUAGAAUAAGAGAGGUCUAAGAAUUGCAAAAGGUUCGGGAAACAAGUUUUUCAUCUGCCUAAAACCCACCCCACCAACAAUAACAGCAGUCCAAAGAGAGGAAGAAAGAGUUGACAGGUCUGAAUAUUUUCCCACCUCCGCCUCUGAUGACGUGAAGUGUCUCCAUUUGACGCCGCCGGGGUUUUUUGUUUUGGGGGUAUUUUUCUUAGGGUUCGUUCUCAGAAAAGCAAUCUUAAGACUUAGAAGUCCUACGCUUCUUUCCUCCUCUUCUCUUGACCUUACGUGAAAACAGGGUAUAUUUGAACAAACGGAAUGUCCUCCAAUCGAAGCAGAAGUGAAUGGAUCUCUAGUAUUUGCUAAUGCUUUCUUGUCUGGACAUCUUUGUUGCACUUAGAGUUUACAUAUAAUGGGUAUAAAAACAACUUUGAAGGGCGUUCGUCCAACUCAGUCGAGAUGUCCUUCAAUAGGUGUGUGUUCUGGUGAACAUUCAUAUAUAUUUAUUGGUUAUAGCCAGUUUAAAAUAUUUUCCGUUUUUUGUAUUAUUUAUCCCCAAUAUUAUGUAUUUAUAUGAGGAAAAAAAGAAUCAAAUUGUACUUUUUUAGUAUUUACUUGUUAUAAAGGACAUUGUGUUUCCUUGUCAUUGUACAACGAGCUUAUUUUAGUUAUUGUAAUUUAGAAAGACCAGUAGUUUUAUGUUACCUUCGUACUUAUGAAUAAUGUAAUUAGUUCUACUGGAGGCAUGAGAGCAGAACCAGACUGUAAUUGUAUAGUCCUGACUUAGGAGAACUAUAGCUAAUCCCUCCCUCCCACCUCACCCCUCCUCUUUGGAGAUCUUUCUUUGUUCUUAUAGUAGUUAUUUUAUUUCCUUGCUUAAGGGUUGUCUGUUGAACAAUUCUUGAAUAAACUUUCUGUUAUCAAUUU